CACAUAGAUGCAAGGCAGAAAAGUACCGUGACGACCAUGGCAACUCCGGACCAAAUAUUGGCAGCUUCUCGCUACCGAGCGGGAGGUGGUGCUCUUUUUACGAGUUCCAAGUGCCCGCCGGGUCCAGGCCUUGAAAAUAGUUGCCAACUUCCUUUCGGGUUCAUCUACACUCCACUUUCUCCUCCCGAUAAUAUUCAAGUCGUGCCUAUCCACGACGAAAAUCUGCCGCCUGUAAUCUGCUUAACGUGCCUUUCGUACUUAAACUUGUACUGUGAUGUGGAUGAAACAACAGGCGUUUGGACGUGUGCUCUUUGUGGAUGCAAGAAUGCUGCGCCGCCGGAAAGCUUUCACAACGGAACGCUUUCCCCAAUAUUGAUAUCUCCCAUUGUAGAGUUUCGGCAGCCCAUUGCGGAGGCGCAUGAUCGUGUGAAUACCAUUUCGGUGGUGGUUGUGAUGGAUGCCAAUCUUCCACGAGCUGAGGCGCAGGCGGUAGGAUCGGCGUUGCAAGCUAUCCUUCCCGAAAUGGCCGACGCGAAAACACGAAUCAACCUUGGAUUUAUUGUUUUUUCUAAACAUGUGUCAAUUUACCAACUUAACUCAACCGGUGUUGCUUCCGCUGACAUAUUUUCAACCCAUGAAGGACUCACCGAGAAGCACUUGGAAUCAAGACAAUACCUCACCGAAAUCGGACAGGAUGGCAGCCUAGAAUGCAUGUGGCGAUGCCUGUCCGCUGUGUACGGAGUUGUGUUGGAUAAUGAGGAGGGAAGCGAAAUAAACGUUUCCAAGGGAAAGCAACUAUCUCGAUUGGAACAACUAAAACAACGCAAGGAGACACGAAUGCGUAAAGAGCUUGAGAGAGACGACGACGAUCCAGAUGUUGUAGUCAAGUCGCCUUGGGUGUUGGCGAAGGAAAACAGUGCAUCCAGGCACCCUUUGCGGUGUACAGGAGAAGCUAUACAGUGUGCCAUUGAUCUCGUCGCCUCGCCUUCCAAUGUCGAUUUGAUCGAGUCGAGAAUUUUGGUCUUUACUAACGGAUGUCCCAACUAUGGGGAUGGCAGUGUCGUUUACGACGAUAGAGACAUGACAACGACAGCACGAGCCCGUCCAACAGCAGAUGUGGUUGAUCCUCUCAAGCUGUCCGGGGCGGUGGAGUAUUUUAGCAUUAUCGCAAAGGCAGCCGUGGAAGGGGGUAUUGCCAUUGAUGUAUGUUGCUCUGGUGCGUCUGAGCUUUGCCUUCCAGUGUUCCAGGCGUUAGUCGAACCAAGCUCGGGCUAUGUUUUGCCUCACGAAACCUUUGCGGGACCGCAUCUGAAACACAAUAUGAACCACUUUCUGAAAGAAACAAAUAUGACAAUGGCAGCGUGUAGCGAAAGUCAGGCGGAAAAGUCGAAAAGCCUAGCGCCUUCUGGCUGUACAAUCGAUAUCCGUAUGCCAAGCUUUGUGAAUCCCACACACCUGGUUGGUCCGGGUGAGAUUCUUGAUGACUUCAAAGGUUUGUUGCUGAAUGAGCGUUCUGCUUUCGCCGCCGGAUGUAAGCUAGCCGCUCGUAUCGGAAUGAGAACAAAUCAUUUACCCCAGAAAGAUUUUGUUGACGACGCAGUGACCCGACUAUCAAUGGGAAGAAAAGAUCCGUUGUCAACUUUUUCCGUUAUGCUUGAGAUCAACAAUUUCUUCCAGAAAGACGCCUUUGCUUUCGUUCAGUGCAUUGCUCGUUUCGUCGACCGCAGAGGACAAAUUCUGAUAACGAGAGUGUUUUCACAUCGAAUUUCUAUUGCAAACGACGUCGGUGAGUUCUUGGAUUCUAUUGAUGAGGAGGUGGUGCCCGUGGUCCUUGGAAAAGAAGCUGUCUAUAGGUCAAUGUAUGGAAGAGAAAUUGACGCCAGAAACGAAGACGAAACAGAAGUUGCAACCUCUGAUGAACUCGACGAUCUUGCGUAUGAUGCACAAAAAGAUCUUGACGCGACAAUUCAUCGCAUAUCCGUUGCUUUUCGCUUGCUUGGACUGGAACAAGGAAAUCGUGGAUUGGAUCUUACCGAGGAAGGGGGAAUUCGCACAGUAGGGUCUUCGAUUGAUUUCGCGUUUCCCCCCGAGCUUUCGGACGCACUGCGUCGUCUAUACCACCUGCGACGUGGUCCUCUGCUGAGCCCCGGCCCGAUGCGAUCGGAUGACGAUCGGGCGCAGAUCCGAUCUCUUUUCCUUCGCUUACCCUUGGAGGAUUGUCUGUGCAUGUGUGCGCCCUCUUUGUGGCGCACGGAGGUUACUCCAGAGUGCAAGUCUGACUCUGUAGAGUGGAUCGCUGUUCCACCCGAAUCUCUAGCUUUAUGGGACAAAACGGCUAUUGUGGCAGACUGCUAUCAUAGUCUUUUCAUUUGGUUUGGGAGGGGGGUACCAGAGUCUUUCUUUGAUUCGAUUCGGCAGCAGGCGAGGACAUAUUUAUUGGAUCGUUCUGUUAUACGCUUUCCGAUGGCAGAGAUAUACACUGUUUCCGAGGGCGAAUCCAUGGAUCGUAGAUUCACUGCUCUUCUAGCUCCCUCGUACGGGGAUCCUGUCGACCAUCAAGUAGCAAAUUUUCCGGCGCUUGGUCAGUUGUCACCACAAGAGCUCGAAAGUCUUCGUUGUAAAUUCAGAUUUUACGACCCUACUUCAGACCCAAGUUUCCGAACGUGGUUCUGGGACGUUGCGAGCGCAACUAGCUCAAGUAAAGAGUUCGGUCUGUCGCUCUGCGAGUAAGGAACUUACUUAAGCCUAUUCACUUCCACACGUGAGGGUCCGAUAAGAAGAUCUCUUUUUGGUCUAGCAACAUUUUCCUCGCAAGUCGGCUCCCGUAGCUAAUGAUGGCUUUAUCUUUCCGCUCGUAAUGUAUGAGAGACCUUGCAGAUUUGGAGGUGCUUCGGCAAAAGCUAUUGCUGGACAGAAGCAACCGUUUUCUGAGGAGGUCAAAAUAUCGGAUGGCGCGGCAUCGUCCGAGAUCAUAUCC